AUGCCUCCCAGGGUCUCCCUCGGCGCCUUUCUCGCCCGCGCGAGAUCGGCCCUGACCGCCCCCGCGUCGCAACGUGCAAGCCCCUUGACCCUCGUCGUCGGCAACGAAUCCGCAGACCUCGACUCCCUCUGCUCCGCCGUCGUCUACGCCUACCUCCGCACCCACGCCCCGCCGCACACCCUGCACGUCCCCGUCUCGAACCUCGCCCGCGAUGACCUCAAGCUGCGCACCGAGAUGACCGCCUCCCUGGCCCACGCCCGCCUAGCGCCCGACGACCUCCUCACCCUCGACGACCUCCCCGACGACCUCGCCCCGCGCGACACGCGCUGGGUGCUCGUCGACCACAACGCCCUCACCGGCGACCUCGCCGCCCGCUACGCCGCCCGCGUCGUCGGCUGCGUCGAUCACCACGCCGACGAGGGCGCCGUGCCCCGCGACACGGCCGACGAGCCCCGCGUCAUCGAGACGUGCGGCAGCUGCUCGAGCCUCGUCGUCGAGCACUGCCGGCCGGCGUGGGAGGAGGCCCUCGCCGAGGCCGACCCCCGGGACGACGCCGACGUGGACGCGCACCUGGCCCAGCUCUCCCUCGCUGCCAUCCUGAUCGACACCACGAACCUCAAGUCCAAGGACAAGACCACCGACAAGGACGUCGCCGCCGUCUCUUUCCUCGAGCGCCUCGCCCCGGCGCCCUACUCCCGCGACGCCUUGUUUGACGAGAUAUCCGCCGUCAAGGAGGACAUAUCCUCGCUGAGCUUCCGCGACGUCUUCCGCAAGGACUACAAGCAGUGGGAGGACCAGAGCGCUGACGGUGGCGGCCGUCAGCUCAUGGGCACCUCGGCCGUCGUACAGAACCUCGGCUACCUCGUCGACAAGGCCGGCGGCGACGAGCAGGCGAUGCUGCGCGACUUCCGGAAGUGGGCCGAAGAGAAGGCGCUGGACAUCGGGGUCAUCAUGACGACGGCGCACCCCGGCGGCAAGCUCGAGAGGGAGGUGCUCGUGUGGGCGUUCAACGAGGCCGCCGUCGUCUCGUGCAAGGCCUUCUACGAGCGCUGCAAGGGGGAGCUGGGCCUCGCGCCUUGGCGCGCCGGGCGGCUGGACGACGAUGCGCGCGAGUGCGAGUGGCGCGCCGCCUGGACCCAGGCCAACGUGGCCGCCUCCCGGAAGCAGGUCGCCCCCAUGCUGCGGGAGGCCAUCAGGGGCGGCGCGCGGUUGUGA